UCGACAAUCGAACGUAUGUGUUAUAUACUUAUUACACAUUGAUAAGAUAAAAAGCUUAUUAUACAUUUAUGAAACAUUUCAUAAAAUAAGCCGCUAAGGAAAUAUGAACGAGACGACGAAUGAGUUUUACGAAAAUUUAUUUACUCCAGGAACAGCUCUAUCAGAACUUAAAUUUGAUGGGUUCUGUGACUGGUUUGUUAGAUUAUCUGAUGUAAGCGUGCAUUGGGAAUAUCAACCAUCAUAUGUUUUGUCACAAUGCUCUUAUCUUCUUGGAGGUUUAAUCACAUUCAUCCAUGCUUGCAAUCAUGGCGGUCGACUUCCGUAUUUGUGGCUGACUACGAUUUUGCAUGGACUUGCCGUAGAAAGUAUUUCUUAUAUCCACCCUGAUAUCGAUAACUUUUGGCAUUCGCAAACCUUUUUGAUAUUUCUGGGACGAAGGCUUCCAUUACAUAUAAUAGUUUUAUAUCCCGUUUUCAUCUACAACAGCUCCAUAGCUGCAGCGAAAGCACGACUAUCAAAAUGGUCCGAACCAUUCGCAGUUGGACUUUUAGUCGUACUCAUUGACAUAGCGUACGACAUAGUAUCAGUAAACUUCUUGCAUUGGACCUGGCAUGACACUGAUCCAAAUAUAUAUGACAGACACUAUUGGGUACCUUGGAACUCAUACUAUUUCCACGCUACUUUUGCUGCUAGUUUCACAUUUUGGUUCCAUUUCACCAGAGAGGUUUUUUGCGAAAGUGAUGGAAAAUGGUUGGCAGACAAAAGAAUAGUCCGAGAACUCCUUUCUUCAUUCAUAACCGCUCUCUUGGGACCAAUAGGAGGAAUCCUAAUGUUCCUGCCUCUGUACCAUCCGCUCCAUGACAUGUACAACAUCCACAGCGAGGUAACAUACUCUGUCUUAUUUGUUGUUUUCCUCCUGAUUGUAUGGACUGGAGAUCGUGGUGCAAGAAGCAAAUUUGCUGGAGAUUCAGCCAAUCACAAAGUCAGCUGGGCGACCUGGUUGAUAGUGCUGCAUCUAGUGUGUCACUAUGCGACAUUCUUAUAUAUCGUGAGUUUUUUUAAUCCCGAGGAUGAAAUUUCGACAGGAUUGAAGGAACCGCUUGGACCUUGUGAUAAGUACGUUCCGGUACAGACUGUACUUGGAAUGACAUUGAGGAAACGAAAAUACCUGUGCGCCUCAGAUUACGACGAAGGCUACUUUAAUUGGCACUGUCUACCAAACGAAGAACCACCCAGGGACUACUCAAUAUGGUACACAGCCUGCGGUACUCCACUAGAAAAUCGUGUGGAAUUGCUAACUGUCACAGCAACAAUUUGUAUCAUAGCAUCAGUGGUUUUCUACAACUUGCAUUUUGCAUCUAGUGGUGACAAUGUAUUCACGAAAACUAACGAAGGAGGCAGAAAGGCUACUAAGAAUAAAAAGAAAAUAUACUGAUUAAGAGCAAAUAGUUUUUGUAUCUCCCAAAAAUAACGAAUAAAAGCACUAAUGGAUUGAUAUCAUUGUGGCCAUUCAUACUAUUUUUAUUCUACCCAGCCUUUUUAGUGUUGUUCGCUCCUUACUUUGAACACAAAAAGACCGUGUACGUGAAAGGUUUCACAGCCACAGAUACUCCGAUUGAUACGAUAUUCGAUACCAAAUUAGAUAGAUGCGUCCCAUCUCUAUCAAUGAAGUUUUUUUGACUUUGUGCUUUUGGCAGUGCUAACCUAAAAAUGAAAAAAGUUCAAGUACAGUUGCCUAACCUCUAACCUCAAAACAAAAAUGAAAACAAACUAGAAUUCAAAAGGAAUCGUCUGGAACGAGAGUCCAUAGAGAAAGGAUGCCCAAUGAUAUUCAACAUUAAGGAUUCGCUAGCUCUAGUACAACGAAAGCUCAGUACUGAAAAUGCACGUUCGUCUUGGAAAGUGCUGUUUUUCGGUGCAGACAAGUUCUCACUUUACAGCCUUCAAAUACUGUAUAAAGAAUAUAAAAAUGGAACCUUGUUGAAGAACUUAGAAAUUGUAACUACAACUAGCAAAAAUGCGAAUCCUGUUCAAAAAUAUGCUCAUGAACAAAAACUGAGGAUUUAUUCCUGGCCAGCACUGAACUGUCCCAUUAAAGCAUUUGAUUUAGGAGUAGUGGUUUCAUUUGGACAUUUAAUACCAGAAAAGCUUAUUGACACAUUACCACUUGGGAUGAUAAAUGUGCAUGCUAGUCUCUUGCCAAGGUGGAGGGGUGCUGCACCAAUCAUAUACUCUUUGGCAAAUGGUGACCCAGAAACUGGUAUCACAAUAAUGAGAGUAAGGCCAAAGGCAUUUGAUAUUGGAGAGAUACUUAUGCAAGAAAAGAUCAGUGUGUCUAAAGAUAUGAAAAUGCCAGAGCUGUAUGAUACUUUAGGAAGGCUUGGUGCUGAAUGUUUAUUGAAAACAAUUGAGGAGCUUCCUGGUGUACUUAACAGAGCUAAAAAACAACCAAGUGAAGGAGUUUCUUAUGCUCCAAAAAUCAAAAGCGACUUUUGCACAAUAAAAUGGAAUACAAUGACAUCAACUCAAGUGUAUAAUCUUGAAAGAGCUGUAUCUGGACAGUUGAUACCUACAUCUACCUGGAAAGGAACUGUUGUGAAACUUAUGGAUAUAGAAGAUUGUAAUUGUUCUGUGAACAUGCCCGAAGACAUUGCUCAGAUAAAACCUGGAUAUGUGUAUUAUGAUAAAAGGACUAAGUCAUUACUAGUUUUGUGUUCAACAAAUACUUGGAUUAGAGUGAAAAAAGUAGGGGUUUAUGGAAAAAGAACAAUGAGUGCUAGUGAUUUUAAUAACGGAUUUAUUAAAAACGAACCACCUAAUAAAGCAUUUUUUGUAUAGUCGUUAUUGCUUUUUCUUCUUAGAUGGUGAUGACAGCAGCAGAUUAUUAUGGUAUUUGCUAAUACAUUAGGGAUGUUCACAUGUGGUCUGGCUCUAAGCUAUGCGUAGAACAUAAUUUACACUUGUAACAUAUUUCACAUGUAACGGCACCAAAAAACUCGGAACUUUUGUCAAUCGAUUGAUGCAAUAAAUUGUGAAUUUGUGAAAUAAUCUAGCUGGAGUUCGCUCACUGGCUGCAAUAUGAUGCAACAUUGGCUGAUGUAAACCGUCCACUACGACGGUUUACUCCUGUGAGUAUAGUAUCCUUACUGUCUUUAUUAAAGAUUUUUUCGCGAGAUCCUGUAGUGUAUGAAUUUCCCCCUCCUGUUGAAGUUUUGAAACUUUCAACUUACAGCGAGAGUGGUUAGGUGGCGCAGGUUGACUCUGAAAUAAAAAGACCAAUCGUUUGUUGUGCA